AUGGUAUUGAAGGGUUUAUGUGAAAGGAUAGUUGCUUCAAAAUGCUCUUCUAAAAGCUCAACCGAGACUGUAGAUUGUACUCAGGUGCCUGCUUAUUUAAAAGCAGGGUCUAGUGACAGUAAGUUUCACAAGGCUUCCUUAUGGUCAAGCAUCUUUACAUCUGGUUUUUCAGUGGUUGAAUCAUACAGUGAAUCAUCUGCUUCUGAAAAGAAAGCAGUUCAUUCUCGAAGUAGUGGGUGGGCAGCGGCUGUGAGGAAAGUUGUAACCAGUGGUUCAAUGAGGAGAUUUCAUGAGCGUGUACUUGGACCAAGCAGGACCGACAUUUCAAGCUCUGAUGGUGAUAUAUGGCUUCUAGGUGUCUGUCAUAAAAUUUCACAGCAAGAGUCAACCGGAGGUGUAGAUACUAGUAAUGGAUUAGCAUCAUUUGAGCAAGAUUUUUCCUCAAAAAUCCUAGUUACGUAUCGGAAAGGCUUUGAUGCUAUUGGAGAUUCAAAGUAUACUAGUGAUGUUAAUUGGGGUUGUAUGCUUCGAAGCAGUCAGAUGCUUGUUGCUCAGGCAUUACUUUUUCAUAAAUUAGGUAGAUCAUGGAGAAAAACUGUUGAUAAGCCAAUGGAUAAAGAAUAUCUAAAAAUCUUGCAACUUUUUGGUGAUUCGGAGGCUUCUGCCUUUUCUAUCCACAAUCUUCUUCAAGCUGGUAAAGGUUAUGGCCUUGCUGUUGGGUCAUGGGUGGGACCAUAUGCCAUGUGUCGCACCUGGGAAGUUCUUGCCCGUAACCAGAGGGAGAAGAAUGACCUUGGAGAACCUCCACUUCCAAUGGCUAUUUAUGUUGUUUCUGGAGAUGAAGAUGGGGAACGUGGUGGAGCACCUGUUGUCUGCAUUGAAGAUGCCUCUGAACGCUGCUCUGAGUUUUCAAGGGGCGUUGCUGCUUGGACACCUUUACUUUUGUUGGUACCUUUGGUACUUGGACUUGAUAAAGUCAAUCCCAGGUAUAUUCCAUUAUUGCACUCAACUUUUAAAUUUCCCCAAAGCCUUGGCAUCAUGGGUGGCAAACCAGGUGCUUCAACAUACAUUAUUGGUGUUCAAAGUGAAAAGGCAUUCUACCUUGAUCCACAUGAUGUUCAGUCGGUUGUUAAUAUCAGUGGGGAUACUCAGGAGCCUAUUAGUACUUCAUCAUACCAUUGCAAUGUUAUGAGGCACAUACCCCUAGAUUCAAUUGAUCCAUCCUUGGCUAUUGGAUUUUACUGCCGAGACAAAGAUGAUUUUGAUGAUUUCUGCUCCCAAGCUUCCAAGCUUGCAGAAGAAUCAAAUGGUGCACCAUUGUUCACUGUAGCUCAGUCUCGGAGUUUCUCAAAUGAAGUCUCUGGUAAUGAUGUGUCUGGUAACAACACUGGAUUCGAAGAGGACGCUUUCCCUGGUACAGACCACAUCAAUGAUACAGGAACCAAUGAGGAUGAUUGGCAACUCGUAUAA